AUGCACCUCAGAAUCCUGAUUGCCCUAGCAGCAGCAGCUGUCCCUGUAGUACUUGCCAACUUCCAGGCAAUGUACGCCCCGUCCACCGUCAUUCCAGACAGCCCAUUCAACAUCACCGGUCAAUUCGCCCUGUCGGACAAAAAUGGUGUUCCCAUUGCGGCAUGGCUGGGCAUCUUUCCCUUCAACAGCACUCGUGACCCUGGUUACGUGCCAGAUCGGAGCUAUGGCUCACUAGGAUUGACACUCGCUCCUUUUGAUGUCACUCGUGUAUAUGGGCUGCCAUAUUAUUUCACCCUGGAAAAGUUCAUUGUUUCCAAGGAUAGUCUCGCCAAUUCGCAAUCCUUCUAUCUUCAGUGGUUCCAGAUCAUCCAGUAUGGUGUCCUCAAUGAGGUUGAGGCCGAAUCCUAUCUUAUGGGACCCAUUACUGCUGGUACACAGGUCAGCUCCACGCUCGUUCCCGCAGUUCUGAAGAGGUUUAGAAUUGAAGAUAGUGUCAUGGAUUAA